CAAAAGUAGAAUAAUAGCAAAAUGACACGAAAGAUUCAAAGAGGGAUUACUAUAGUUUUGAUGAGCCCCAAAUCGGGAAAUUAAAUCGACCACCGCCACCGGCGAUGACCACCGCCGGCGUAGCCACCAAUAGGCACCGCGGCCGACGGAAAAGCAAGAAGGAAAGGCUGAAAACCGAGCCCCAAUCCAGCCACCACAAACACCUCUCCACAGCGAUCCCGGCGCUCAUCUCCGCCACUUCAGCCGCUCGCUCGUUCCUCCUCCGCCACGACCUUCACCUCCUCCCCUCCCAAACCCUAGCCCUAGAAUCGCUCCUCUCCUCCACUUCCCGCUCCCUCCUCCACCUCCUCUCCCUCGUCUCCAUCCCCACACCCCCUUCUCCCAGCCCGCCCCCUUCCCCGCCGCUUCAGCAGAGCUGGUUCGACCGCUUCAUGGCCACUUGCCCCGAUUACGAUCCGCGCUGGGUUCAAUUCUUCAACCUCUCUAAGCCGUCUUUCACUCUGCUCCUUCGCCUCCUCACCCCCUCUCUCACCUCAUCUCUCCACCCCUUGCUCCCCAAUGCCGCUCUCGCCGCAACCCUAUUCCGAUUAUCUCAUUCGGCCUCGUUCUCCGCCGUCUCGUGCCGUUUCUCUCUCGACUCCCGGACUGCCUGCAUCGCGUUUUAUUCAGUCUGCAGAGCUAUCGUGGAGAAUCUCGGUCAUUUGUUUGAAUUCAACUCUGACAUCAACAGAAUUAUAGUGGGAUUUGGAUGGAUUUCUCUUCCCAAUUGCUGUGGCGUUUUGGGGGUUGAAAAGUUCGAAUUGGAAAGCACAGAAAAUAGGUCUUUGUUAGUUCAAGCUUUGGUGGACUCGGAAGGGAGGUUCUUGGAUGUCUCUGCUGGUUGGCCGGGGAGCCUAAAACCGGAAGAUGUGUUGAAGCGAUCGAAGCUUUUUUCUGGGGUUGAGGAGUCUAAAGAGUAUCUCAAUGGACCAUCUUUCGAACUGAACUCUGGCAAUGUAAUUCCUCAGUAUUUAUUGGGUGAUUCGUGUUAUCCACUUCGCCCUUGGCUUCUGACGCCAUACAGUGGCAAGAAUAGGGAGUUGAGCUCUUCGGAAAUGGAGUUUAAUGGGGUGCAUUGCAAAGGUAUGGAGUUGGUGGGGACGGCUUUUGCCAAGGUCAAGAAGAAGUGGAAGCUUGUGGGGAGGAAAUGGAAGGAGCAAUGCAUUGAGGCUUUCCCCUUUGUCGUUGUUGCGUGUUGUUUGCUGCACAAUUUUCUCAUCAAGUGCAGCGAGGUGUUCCCCGAGGAAAGUGUUGAGGGUUGUAAGGAGAGGGACUUUACGGAGUUUGAUGGGGAGGACAGUGAGAUUGGGAUGAGGAUUCGGGACGCACUUACUUCACACUUUACUCGGUCUAACCAGCAAGAUAUCAGACCUGCAAGGCCCGCCUCCUGCGGCUGAGAGAUGUCUGCUUCUCGUCUCUCCAGAACACUCAGGAACUCGUCUGAGCUUAAGCUACCAUCCCGGUUCAGAUCAAAUGCGUAGAACACCAGAUCAACCACCUUAUCAGAGAGGGAGAUGCCACAAACCUUACACAAGAGUUUGGAAAUCACUGAAGUGUGCAAGAAUAAUAGCAGGCCGUUCACCUUGCCAUAACUGAAUAGGGCUAAGGAGAAUUGCUUCAAUCUUUUCCGAAGCAUUGCAAAAUUCUCGAAUUCUUCAAAUGUAAUGCACAGGUGACUGAGGGAGGGAUCAUUUCCCAGCUCUUCGGCUUGAUCAAGAAACUUGUCUAUGUAUCUCAUGUCAGCAGAUGCUAUCAUUGAUAGCACAAAAUCUUUGGCAGAGAUGGUCCCUUGUGACUUGAAAUCAUAAUGUGCGAACUCCAACCGCAGCAUCUGUAAAUAGAAAGCACGUUCAUCACAUCAUUGUCUAUGCAGAUACUGAUGGGAUAAGAG